UACUUGACCGAAAGGACAGAGAGGAGAGAGAGUAAGUUUAGUCAUCGACAAGCAUUUGAUAUGUUGUAUGGUGGUUUUAUUUUACUUUAUUUUUUAAAUCAAGUUGACCUACUUUUUUCUUCAUGAAGGGCGAGCCAGGAUAUGUUAUGGGAGGUAUGGAGGUUCUUCCAGGACGUAAAGGAGAACCUGGAUCCUCUUGCUUGAUUAAAAGGGUCCCCCAGGUGCUCCAGGGGUAUCUGGACCUCCAGGACUCCCAGGUUUGCCUGGGCCUCCAGGCUCUCCUGGACUCUCUAUUAAGGGCGAGACUGGAGAAUCUGGUUCGAAAGGACCACGUGGAAAACCAGGACCCAAAGGAGAAAAGGGGGAGCAUGGAAGGUCUACCAGGUUUACCAGGACAAGUGGGGGUAGAUGAACUUCCAGGACUUCCUGGUCAGAAGGGGGAGAAGGGAGAGGAAGGUAUCGGAAUUCAGGGUGUUCAAGGUCCACCUGGGCCAAAAGGAGAAAAGGGUAAUAAAGGACUACAAGGCCCAAUGGUAAGUGUGUUGUAUUUAAAAUCAAUGCAGCAGAGUAAAAGACUGUUGUCUUGUGCAAUAUGUAAUUUGCAGUUUCCAUAUUCAUCCAAACGGUGAAGCAGGAAACCAAGGAGUCCAAGGGAUCACAGGCCCUCGGGGGAAAAAGGGUUUUAAAGGAGAUCAAGGAGACAAGGGUGAACAUGGGGAAAUUGGGCCUAUCGGGCCUCCGGGAGUUGCAUUAAGUCCAUAACUUUUACCUGUUCACUUCCCUGAAAAAUAUAAAUAGCUGCUGUUGGAAAAGGUCAGAUGUGUGAUGAACCAGUUAAUGGAUUUAAAUCACUGCACUGCACAAAUGCUUUGUUAAAAAGUCAAAUCCUUAUUAGUUUGUUCGCUCUUCAAACUUUUCCACUCUGUAUGGUGCUGUCAAAAUUCUAUCAAGGGCAAGGAUGAGCUGUAGAUCUCUGGGGAAACUGAAAGUCGAUUAAGAAAAAGUAAAAACACCUCCUCGCUGCUCUUUGGCCAGUGAUGGACUCCAAAAUACACGUCAUAGCUAAGGAUCUAUUAUCGACCCGAUUAAAAAGAGAAAGAUUUGAAUGGUGUUUCCACCUAAUUGUGAGACGGCAAGAGAAUUACACACAUGAAACAUUAAGAAAUACUAUAUUAUAUCCUUCAUAUGCAACCUUGUCACUGUGUGUCCCUCUCUGGCCAUUCAGAUUUUCAGUUAGUUUCAAAUUAAACUUCUGCAGUCAUUAUUAAACCCAAGGCUUCAGAGAGGAGAUCAAGGACACUCUCCAACGAUUCGACUCCUCAUUAUCCCUCGGUUC